AUGUCCAGAAAAUUUUUCGUCGGGGGAAACUGGAAGAUGAACGGCGAUAAGAAAAGUCUUGGCGACCUCAUCACAACACUUAACACGGCUAGUUUGCAUGAUGAGACAGAGGUUGUAUGCGGUGCACCGUCGAUCUACCUAGACUUUGCCAGGUCCAACCUGGACCCCAGGAUUAGUGUGGCUGCCCAGAACUGCUAUAAGGUGGCAAAAGGUGCUUUCACUGGGGAGAUCAGCCCAGCGAUGAUAAAAGACUGUGGAGCUGACUGGGUGAUUUUGGGUCAUUCUGAAAGACGUCAUGUUUUUGGGGAGAGUGAUGAGCUGAUUGGUCAGAAGGUGGCCCAUGCUCUGGAGAGUGGUCUUGGAGUGAUCGCCUGCAUUGGGGAGAAGCUCGAGGAGAGAGAGGCGGGAACCACGGAAGAUGUGGUUUUCGCACAGACUAAAGUCAUCACAGAUAAUGUGAUAGACUGGUCGAGAGUGGUGUUGGCAUAUGAGCCAGUGUGGGCGAUUGGUACAGGCAAAACCGCCACACCACAACAGGCCCAGGAGGUGCAUGAGAAGUUGAGGGAGUGGCUGAGGGCCAAUGUCUCUGAGUCUGUGGCUGAUUCAGUCCGAAUAAUCUAUGGAGGCUCUGUUACCGGGGGCAGCUGUAAGGAACUGGCAUCCCAGAGUGAUGUGGAUGGUUUCCUGGUGGGCGGGGCCUCCCUCAAGCCUGAGUUUGUUGACAUCAUCAACGCACGUGCAUAG